CCAGAUCAUGUGCGCCGAGAUGAAGAUCAACGGCGGCAUCGUCAUGCUCGGCGACCACUGUAGCAAGGACGCGAGCAAGACGGAAGCCUCGAUGACCGUCUCGUACGAGGUCAGGAAGGACGAAGCGGGACCCCUGGCCAAGUCCUUCAAGGACAACGGCGGGGAGGUCCUCGAGGAGGUGUCGAUGCAGUUCUGGGGACAAGUGUGGGGUCGGUGCAAAGACCCCUUCGGCCAACCGUGGGGCUUGUGCGAGGUACAGGAGGGGCCUGCUCCUUCCAACGAAGACAUGGCCAAGGACAUGGAGAUUGGCGCCAAGUACGACUGGCACUACACCUGGGUGGUUGAGGACAUGCCUACUGUGUACUGUUACGGAGCGAUGUCCACAAGUGCCGCGAACACCCCCGCCAUCAGCGAAGAGACCAAGAAGACGCUCCCCGCCGCCUUCGCGGGAGCCGCCGCUGCCGGGCUCGCCAUGGCCGGGCCCCCCGCGUCCGCCUUCUACACCUGGGACCCUUCCCCCGGCGGGACCACCAAGUUCACCAGCGGCCCCUCGGUGGCCGGCGGCGGUGCCUCCGCCCUGAUGAAGGACGUCGACGGAGACGACAACGGCCUCGGCGUGAGGACCGCCGGUGGCUGCAAGUGCGUGACGACGCUGCACACGGGGCCGUACGACGAGCUCAAGAAGUGCUACGAGGCGACCUUCGAGUGGGUCGAGGCUAAGGGUUACGAGUCGCGCAUGCCCGUGUUCGAGCUGUACGAGAACGACCCGAAGGACACCCCGCCCGAGAAGCUCAAGACCAAGGUCUGCAUCCCGAUCGUGGCCAAGGGCACCCCCAAGGCUUGAGAGACGCCCUGUUAGGUGUGGCAGCGUGGUAUGUCGUAAAAGUCGAGAGCGGAUGGGCGAACUCCCUAGUCUGCCUUGAUCUUGUGGGGUUCGUCGUCGCUCGCUCGUAUGUCUUAGGUCUCCGCCAAACCACUCCGAGAACGAGACUUGGGUGUCUGAAUCCUAGUGACGGAGCUACUGCGCGUGCUGAGUCCAUUGCGAGGCCUGAUGGAGAUUGAGGCUGCAUCUCCUGUCGGUCUCCUAAGCGAACAGCAGUACAUACCACUAUAUAUAUCGGCGUUUUUCUGCAAGGGCAAGGGUUUUAGUGUCGUUCGUUGGUUGUCGACCCCGAACUCUCUCGCGUUUUUUUUCGUAUCGAUCGUUCGAUGAGUCGUACGAGCGUACGACGGAGUGAGUGUAGAACGGUCCGUUGUCUGUUCUUUUAGACCGUGGCGGGGCGGGAUUUACCAAUUGGUUCUUCGGAGAAUUAUUGUGUUGUCACGAGUAUUGGAAUACGUUGAACGUGUUCGUGGGGAAAUGUGGAUGAGGAGGUGAAGCACCCAAGCAACAAUGUCUGCGAAAAUGGGCACGCUGGCUUGCAGCAGUAGUAGUGGGUGCAUGAACUAUCUUGUUUCAUCGAGUGUAGGGCGUUGCUGCCAUCGUAAACGGUGCGCUGGAGGAAGUGUCGAUUGCUUGUUGGAUUUCGUGCUUCUUGUUUGCAACACAUGCAUCAUGCGAUGCACGCGUGCGGUGGCGGAGGAACGGGGGGGGGCGGUGGAUUAAACUGUUCCUCGCUUGAGUUCCCCUUCCACCCCCUCUCGUGUCUUUUGUCUCGUAUGAUUUUUCCCCUUGUCUUUGUGCACUCUCUUGUUGUUCGAAUUCGUUGUAAGCUAUCUCUCGUUCCAUGGGCAGGUCGAGUACAAGCAGUGGUGUCAUCGUGCAUUUUAGAUCGCUUGCUGCCGACUCGUGUGUAUGGUACUUUUCGCUUGGUUGUCGUCAUUUGAUGGCCCGAAGUUGUGAGAACUGUCAGGUACACAUCGUCUGUCGGAAGUUACGUUGAAAGUCGAUUUGGUGUGUUUUUUAAGUAGGAAAUCUCCCGGGGUACUAGUUUGACUUGCGUUCUCUACACCUGCGGGCUGUUGCACAAGUGUUACCUUGCUUGUCGCGAGGAUGUUUACGUUUCGCUCUUUGACGCGGGAGCGAGAGACGUGUCAUUGGCUUUGUUUACUUGUUGCACCGCGCCCGUUGUGAUGAUCCGGGCACUUCAGCAUCAGGCAAGUGCCCUGGGGGGAUGACAAGUGUGUCAAGAGUUUGACGUCUCACGGACACAAUGGUAUAAUACAGAAAUGAUAUUUUCCUU